GGCUGAUCGCCAUUGUACGAUUCAAUAAACAACUUUUGUUGACACGCUGUGACGUGAUCAGUGUCGGCCUAUAGAUUGUGAGGUCGUUGUUUCCCUGCCAUAGCUUCACUUCAUCCAACUCUCACUUUAUUCAGAAAGGUGCAGCGAAAGUUUGAUAUUGCUGAAGACUUUCAGGAUUGCUUCUGUUAGGCAGCCCAAGUUUCCAGGAUCUAGCUUUCCUACUCAGAACGUUUUGUCCAUACAGUACAAUGGCAGAGACAGCAGUGCAUUUCAUGAAACAGCGCAAAGCUGCACUCAGUGCGCACAUGGACUCCGUGCAGAAUGCCAUCGACGAUCUCACUGGAGCCCACAAACUCACAGAUGCCGAGGCAGAGUGUCUGGUCCAACUGGCAGGGGAGCAAGCAAUCAAGCUGCUCAAGUCCCAAUUGGAAGCCUGGGAAUCCCUUCUUCGCAAAGACAAGGAUUUUGCGGACACUCAGGAAAGUGAGACGUUGACGUCAACGCCUCAGAUCUCUGAUGAGGCACGUCGCAGCAACGCAAGGUCCAAGCUUGCUGCGAUGGGUGGUCAACCGGUGCUAGGAGGGGCCUUCCUUUUGCCAGAAGGGGAGCUGCUGCAGCGCCGCCAGCAGCUAGCUUCCACCAGCAGUCCGGCUGCACAGGAGAUGGCUCGCCUGCGUGCCACCUCCCUGGACAGCCGCAUGGCCCCUGCACCAUCCCCUAUGCAGAGCCCUCCCUGGCUGAUGCGCAAGGAGCAACGAACUGGCCAAGCUUCACCAUCUCCUCCCAUGGGCAUGUCAGAGGACAUUGCUGUGUCUUCUUAGGAUCUGGAGCUGGCAAUAUGACCCCGGGCUUAGGAGUACGCUGAGGGAUGGAUCUGAAAUAAUCUGGAUUAGUUUCUUAUAAUGCAUUGAAAUAAGCAUGUUAUAGCUGCUGCUGAAAAGCAGUUCAGAGAUUUGUAUGCGGAAUUCUUUGCAGCAGGCAGGCAUUAACAUGCCUGAUUGCUAGGAUUUUACUGUUAGUAUAACGGGUGCGGGCCCUGGCUGGCGGGGGCCGUUAAAACUACUGAGCACGGUUGAUGGGGUCUUGCUUGGAUCUGGCGAUUCCAUCGAGGGGUAGGACACGUGGCAGCCUGUGCCAUGCACCUUGUCUGCACCUUGUACGCACCUUGCCUCUGGCAGGAAAAGUGUGUAAUAAUAAUAAC